CUGUAUAUAUAUAGUUGUCCGCAGAACGUUGCCGUGUUUAUAACCGUGUCGCGUGUAAUCCACAACAGUACGAUAAAAGUUCUACAGGACCGACUUACCGUGUUUUCUCAAAAAAGUCAUUUUUUAUAUUCGAAUAUUUACGACGUAGUGCUAGAUGUGCAUAAUGUUAUAAUAGCUAUAAUGCAUUGUUAUAAAAUUAUUGGCUAACAUAGAUCAAUAUUCAUCAUUUAUCACACAUUGUCUAAUACUCUAAUUUGAUGGUUUUAACAAUGUAUAGAACGGUCGUAGUGUGUCUUGUGUGGGCGUUGGGAUUUUCGAGCACGCAGUGUGUUGAAAAUGAAAACCACCAGAAAAUCGGCCCAUGUACGUUUAUCGUCCAUCCCGUGUGUCCCGAUAAUUCGAUCAAAUUGUAUUUGUAUACCAGAGAGAACCGAAACGAUCCUCAAUUGGUCACGAUGGAAAAUAUUACCGAGUCAUACUAUGUGAAGACCCUCGCAAAUAAGUUAAUCUUACAUGGAUUCAAUAGUAAUAUGAACCUGGACGUACUUCAAACCAUAAAAGACGAAUACCUAAUGCAGUCAGACAUCAACGUCUGGAUGAUCGAUUACAAAGACGUUAGUGCCGGGCCCCGUGAGUGUUAUUUGGCUGCGGUGUACAACCUACCGGCUGUGGGAAAAUGCGCUGCCUUGUUCGUGCGUAAAAUCAUUGAGCUGUCCGAGGUGGAAGUGCCUGAAGAGGCUAUGCACGUGAUAGGGUUUAGCUUAGGGGGCCAGUUGGCCAGUCAACUGGCCAAACAUCUGAAGCCCAUCAAAUUGCCAAGGAUCACGGGACUAGAUCCGGCUCUGCCGUUGUACUACAGCACGCACUUAAACAGUAGAUUGAGUCGAAAUGACGCCAAAUUUGUGGACGUGAUACACACGAACGCUUUGAUCCAGGGCCAGUUGGCGCCAUGCGGUGACGUAGACUUCUAUGUCAACGGUGGAUUAGCGCAACCUGGCUGCCACAACAGUUCAGCACCGAUCAAUUGUGAUCAUCACAUGGCCCCAACUUACUUCGGUGAGAGUAUUAGAUCAAAAACGGGAUUCUGGUCGUGGCCGUGCCCGAGUGUAUUCGAUUACUUUUCUGGAAAAUGUCCUCGUCAAGGGGAUCACGAGCUGAUGGGAGAGUGUGUGAACCAUAGUGCCAGAGGUCAAUAUGUAUUGCACACGAACAGUGAACCACCGUUCGCCCAAGGUGACUGGACACAGUGAACACCAGGAACUUCGAAGAAAAGUCAUGUCCUGCGUCCUGCCACCCACCUACCACUGUUAUUAUAACGUUCAAAUAAAUCAAGAAAUUCGCAACUCACACGCCACUAGAACACGAAAAUAAUUAUUAUACCGUUGUGUUUUCGUUGAAUAUUUUAUCAACUAUUGUUUUAUUUUUUAUUUUAAUGUAUACUCCAAUAAGCUUAGAACGGGUAAAAUACAAUACAAUAUAACACUACAAAUUAUAA